GUGGUUCUCCUGGGGAUUGACAUCAUUUCUGCACUAGUAUCCCGCUUGCAAGAUCGCUUCAAGGCCCAAAUUGGCACAGUGCUGCCAAGUUUACUUGAUAGGCUGGGAGACUCUAAGGACUCAGUGAGGGAGCAGGAUCAGACCUUGCUGCUGAAAAUCAUGGAACAAGCUGCUAACCCUCAGUACGUGUGGGACAGGAUGCUAGGAGGAUUCAAACACAAGAAUUUCCGGACAAGAGAAGGGAUUUGCCUCUGCCUUAUUGCAACACUCAAUGCAUCUGGAGCUCAGAGUUUAACACUGAGUAAGAUAGUGCCACAUAUAUGUAACUUACUUGGAGAUCCAAACAGCCAGGUUCGAGAUGCAGCAAUAAACAGCCUUGUGGAAAUUUACAGACAUGUUGGUGAACGUGUAAGGGCUGAUCUCAGUAAAAAAGGAUUACCCCAGUCUCGGUUGAAUGUAAUUUUUACAAAAUUUGAUGAGGUCCAGAAAUCUGGAAACAUGAUCCAGAGUUCAAGUGAUAAAAUUUUUGAUGAUGAAGACUCCGUGGAUGGGAACAGACCUUCCUCAGCUAGCUCCUCUACAUCUUCAAAGGCCCCUGCAAACUCACGCAGAGUUGGGAUGGGGACUACCCGCAGACUUGGGUCUGCACCUCUGGGCUCCAAGUCCUCAACAGCCAAAGAGGGAGCAGGUGCUGUGGAUGAAGAAGACUUUAUUAAGGCAUUUGAAGAUGUCCCAACGGUUCAGAUUUAUUCCAGCCGGGAUCUUGAGGAAUCCAUAAACAAAAUAAGAGAGAUACUAUCAGAUGAUAAGCAUGACUGGGAACAGAGAGUUUCUGCGUUGAAAAAGAUCCGCUCCUUACUUUUGGCUGGAGCUGCAGAAUAUGAUAACUUCUUUCAACACUUAAGACUUUUGGAUGGAGCAUUUAAAUUAUCUGCUAAAGACCUGCGGUCUCAAGUAGUACGAGAGGCUUGUAUCACACUGGGACAUUUAUCAUCAGUUCUGGGAAACAAGUUUGACCAUGGGGCAGAAGCCAUCAUGCCAACAAUUUUUAAUCUAAUUCCGAAUAGUGCCAAAGUCAUGGCCACUUCUGGUGUUGUAGCAGUUAGAUUAAUCAUUCGACAUACACACAUCCCUCGAUUAAUACCCAUCAUAACCAGUAAUUGUACCUCCAAGUCUGUGGCAGUUAGAAGGCGCUGUUUUGAAUUUUUAGAUUUGCUGUUGCAGGAGUGGCAAACACACUCCCUAGAAAGACACAUAUCAGUGUUAGCUGAAACAAUAAAGAAGGGAAUUCAUGAUGCAGACUCUGAAGCCAGGAUAGAGGCAAGAAAGUGUUACUGGGGUUUCCACAGCCACUUCAGCCGAGAGGCAGAGCAUUUGUACCACACCUUGGAGUCUUCCUACCAGAAGGCUCUGCAGUCACAUUUGAAGAACUCUGACAGCAUCGUGUCCUUGCCACAGUCAGAUCGCUCUUCUUCCAGCUCCCAGGAGAGUCUCAACCGUCCUUUGUCUGCCAAAAGAAGUCCUACUGGAAGUACUACAUCUAGAGCAUCUACAGUAAGUACAAAAUCUGUGUCAACACCAGGAUCUCUGCAGCGAUCCCGCAGUGACGUCGAUGUGAAUGCAGCAGCUAGUGCCAAGUCAAAAGUGACGUCUUCUGGAGCUUCCACCCCCUUCAGUUCUGCUGCAGCCUUGCCCCCAGGCUCAUACGCAUCACUAGGUCGGAUUCGUACAAGGAGACAGAGCUCUGGCAGUGCCACAAGCGUCACCUCAAUGCCUGCUGAUACCCGAGGCCGCAGCCGUGCUAAAGUAGUUUCCCAGUCCCAGCGAUCCAGAUCAGCUAAUCCUGCUGGUGCUGGUAGCCGGUCCAGUUCCCCCGGUAAGCUCUUAGGAAGCACCUAUGGUGGCCUGAGUGGUGGAACAUCCAGAGUCCAGCCAGUGCCAUCAUCUUCAGAGAAGCGCAGCAAGAUCCCUCGGAGCCAGGGAUGCAGUCGAGAGACAAGUCCCAGCAGAAUAGGACUAGCACGGAGCAGUCGUAUCCCCCGACCCAGCAUGAGUCAGGGGUGCAGUCGUGAUACCAGCCGUGAGAGCAGUCGAGAUACAAGCCCUGCUCGGGGCUUUCCUCCACUUGACCGGUUUGGACUCGGACAACCAGGCAGGAUGCCUGCUUCUGUGAAUGCCAUGCGAGUCCUGAGCACAAGCACAGAUCUGGAGGCUGCUGUGGCCGAUGCACUGAAAAAGCCAGUGAGAAGAAGAUAUGAACCCUAUGGGAUGUACUCCGAUGAUGAUGCUAACAGUGAUGCAUCAAGCGCUUGCUCAGAGCGCUCCUAUGGUUCCAGGAAUGGGGGCAUUCCACACUACCUGCGGCAGACUGAAGAUGUGGCUGAGGUUCUGAACCACUGUGCCAGCUCCAACUGGUCUGAAAGGAAAGAGGGGCUCAUAGGUCUUCAGAACUUACUGAAAAGUCAGCGGACACUGAGCCGAGUCGAGUUAAAAAGGCUAUGUGAAAUAUUUACUCGCAUGUUUGCUGACCCUCACAGCAAGAGAGUGUUCAGCAUGUUUCUGGAAACCCUGGUUGAUUUCAUCAUCAUUCAUAAAGAUGACUUGCAGGAUUGGCUUUUUGUUCUCCUGACCCAGUUACUAAAGAAAAUGGGAGCAGAUUUGCUGGGGUCUGUGCAGGCGAAAGUUCAAAAAGCUCUGGAUGUCACCAGGGAUUCUUUUCCAUUUGAUCAACAAUUUAACAUUUUGAUGAGGUUUAUUGUAGAUCAGACCCAAACACCAAACCUGAAGGUGAAGGUUGCUAUCCUGAAGUAUAUUGAGUCCUUGGCAAGACAGAUGGAUCCAACAGACUUUGUGAACUCUAGUGAGACAAGACUUGCUGUAUCUAGAAUUAUAACUUGGACAACAGAACCAAAGAGCUCAGAUGUGAGAAAGGCAGCACAAAUAGUCCUGAUUUCUCUCUUUGAAUUGAACACUCCUGAGUUUACCAUGUUACUUGGUGCCUUGCCAAAAACAUUCCAGGAUGGUGCUACCAAGCUCCUGCACAACCACCUCAAGAACUCGAGUAACACUAGUGUGGGUUCCCCCAGCAAUACCCUUGGUCGGACUCCUUCCCGGCACUCCAGCAGCAGAACCAGCCCCUUAACGUCACCUACCAACUGUUCCCACGGUGGGCUGUCUCCAAGUCGGUUCUGGGGUUGGAGUGCAGAUGGGCUGUCGAAGCACCCCCCUCCCCUUUCUCAGCCUAACUCCAUCCCCACUGCUCCUUCCCACAAGACUUUCAGACGCUCUUACUCUCCCAGUAUGCUGGAUUAUGACACGGAGAACCUAAAUUCUGAUGAAAUCUACAGCUCUCUUCGUGGAGUCACAGAAGCAAUUGAAAAAUUUAGUUUCCGUAGUCAAGAGGACCUGAAUGAACCAAUCAAACGUGAUGGAAAGAAAGACUGUGACAUUGUGUCUCGAGAUGGUGGCCUUGCUGUGCCUACCAGUGAUGUCCGUGGAAGCAGUGACAUUGUGGAAGGCGGAAGGAUGGCUCUAGAUAACAAAACUUCCCUACUUAACACCCAGCCUCCCCGCAGCUUUUCAGGGCCACGUGCUCGAGAGUAUAACCCCUAUCCUUAUGCUGACACAAUUAACACCUAUGACAAGACUGCCCUGAAGGAAGCAGUAUUCGAUGAUGAUAUGGAUCAGCUUCGGGAUGUGCCCAUUGACCAUUCAGAUUUGGUGGCUGAUCUUCUGAAAGAGCUCUCCAACCACAACGAACGGGUGGAGGAGCGGAAAGGAGCUCUCCUGGAGCUGCUAAAGAUCACAAGGGAAGAUAAUCUUGGAGUUUGGGAGGAACAUUUCAAAACCAUUCUGCUUUUGCUGCUGGAAACUCUUGGAGACAAAGAUCAUUCAAUAAGAGCCCUGGCACUGCGAGUCCUGAGGGAGAUCUUGCGGAACCAGCCAGCAAGGUUUAAGAACUAUGCGGAGUUGACUAUCAUGAAAACACUGGAAGCACAUAAAGAUUCCCACAAGGAGGUCGUCAGAGCUGCUGAAGAAGCUGCUUCCACCCUGGCAAGUUCCAUCCACCCUGAGCAAUGCAUCAAGGUGCUUUGCCCCAUCAUUCAGACUGCAGAUUAUCCAAUUAAUUUAGCUGCCAUCAAAAUGCAGACGAAAGUAAUUGAGAGGAUUUCGAAGGAAUCGUUGCAUCAGCUCCUUCCUGAUAUCAUUCCUGGGUUAUUACAGGGUUAUGAUAAUACAGAGAGCAGUGUCCGUAAAGCUAGCGUAUUUUGCCUAGUGGCAAUUUAUUCAGUAAUUGGAGAAGAACUGAAACCUCAUCUCGCACAACUCACGGGAAGCAAGAUGAAGCUACUAAACUUGUACAUAAAGAGGGCCCAGACCACCAACAGCAACAGCAGUUCCUCUUCAGAUGUUUCAACGCACAGUUAAUGGAGAUAUGUGGACAUACGUGUAGACUUAGAAGCAAUCAACGGUGCCUCUCAGAGACCUUUCUGCUACUCUUCACUGGCGUACUCCAUCAGCUCAAGGAGGCCAUGCAGAUAUUUAUUGCAAUCAGUAUUUUAGUCCCUUAAAAGCUUUUAUGUAGAAUCUUACUGGUAUUGAAUGUAAAGGAAGCAAGGUCUGUGUUGCAGUCUUCAUUAAAAGUGAACAACAGAAAGCCAUACUUAAACAUAUUUGUAUAGCCUGC